AUGGCCAGGUUUGGCAGUCGGGUGGUCUCCGCCCUCGAGCUGGAAUCCAGCCAGGACUCGCGCUGGUCCAACGAAGAUCUGCUUCCCACUCCUCCGGAGCAGUGCACCUGGCGCUGGUGGAACUAUGUCUCGUUCUACUGGUCCAUCUCUUUUACCAACUGGACCUUGGGAUCGACCAUGAUCGGCAUCGGUCUUAACUGGUGGCAGUCGAUUGUCGUCAUCUUCGUCUCCCAGCUCAUCUCGUCCGUCGCCAUGGCAUUCAACUCGCGCGCCGCCAGUGUAUAUCAUCUUGGAUUUCCCUGCGUCGGGCGCAGCGUGUUUGGCAUGUGGGGGAGCUACUACUUUGUCGGUGCACGAGCGGUGCUGGCCAUCGUGUGGUUUGCCAUUCAGAUGGACUUUGGCGCCGAAUAUAUGUACAACAUCCUGCGGGCGAUUUUCGGUCACCACUAUACCGACAUCCCCAACCACAUCCCAUCCAGUGCAGGUAUCACCACGCAGAAGAUGCUGGCCUUCUUCCUCUGCUGGCUGGUGCAUCUGCCCUUCUGCCAUUUCCGUCCCUACCAGCUGCGCAAGUUCUUCAUCUUCAAGACCUUCAUUUCCCUGCCCGCCAUGUUCGGAUUGUUCAUCUUCGCCAUGGCCAACACUAAGGGUCAGCUGGGGACGAUGUACACGGCCGAGGCACGAUCCACGACAGCAACCGCCUGGAUGAUUAUUGCGGGAAUCAACAGUGGCUUGGGUAACACGGCCACGUUGAUCACCAACCAACCCGACUACUGCCGCUGGACUAAAACUCGCAAUGCCCCGCUCUGGACCCAGUUGCUCUCGAACCCGAUCGCGGUGACGCUCUCGGCGAGUCUGGGUAUUCUGGCAACAGCCGCCAUCAACAACAAAUACGGCACCGAUAUCUGGAACCAAUGGGACAUGAUGGAGUUUAUCCUGGACCACUACUGGUCCGGCACGACCCGAUUCGCCGUGUUCCUUGUGGCCUUCGCCUGGCUGGUACAGAUCCUCGGAACCAACAUCGCGGCCAACAUGAUCUCCUUCGGUGCGGAUUCCUCCAUGCUGUUCCCGCGAUUCAUCAACAUGCGUCGCGGUCAGUACAUCGUGCAGACGCUCGCGUGGGCCGUCGUGCCAUGGGAGAUUCUCACGUCGGCGACGAAGUUCGAGGACUUUUUGUCCGGAUAUGCGUUGUUCAUGGGUGCCGUUGUGGCCAUCAUGGUGUGCGAGUACUUCUGCUUCGCCAAAGGCAACAUCUUCCUCUCAUCCCUGUAUGACGGCACGAAACUCAACAAAAACUACCGAUACUACGGCGGGUGGAACAUCCAAGCCGUUAUCGCGUACAUUAUCGCAAUUGCGCUGCCAUUCCCUGGUUUCGUCGGCUCCCUCGGCGCCAGCGUCUCCACCACCGCGACCCGCAUGGGCGAUCUCGGGUGGAUCUUAUCCUUCACGACCGCCUUCGUGAUGUACUACAUCAUCUGCACGUUCUGGCCCACGGAGAACCAGAAAUUGAUUAAGAAGCAGGGGUUGGCGUGGGAGCAGACGGCCCAGGAUACGGACCCGCAGGACUUUUAUCUGACCGGGGCGGGACUUGGGGGUGCGGAUGAGCCGGUGGCGGCUCAUCAGCAGGUGGUUGUUGAGAAGGGGGUCGUGGAGAAGGAUGUAUAA